GCAUUGGACAGAGCGGGAGAGAGCGAGCGAGAGAGAGAGAGGGCGAAAAGUGUCAUUGAAGAUAAUUGAUUACCUCCCAAUCAACAAUAACUUGUUAGCAAUAGUCAAUUACCCCGUCUCUUCUCGCCUCUUUCCCCCCGGUCCGAGGGCUCGGUGCGAGGGCUGCUCUGCCCCUCUUCGAAGUCUCCUUUAUUUUUUUUAUACAUUUCUAUGUCUCUUUUUUCAUUUUUCAUUUUUGAUUUUUAAUUUUUGAUUACGUGCCGGGGCGGUGUGGGGGGAAUCCUCUCUUUUUUUUGGGGGGGGGGGGGGGAGGGCAGGGAAAGUGCAGCGAUUUGGGGUGUUUCUUAAAAUAGCAGCCGGGAAGAGGAAGAGAGAGAGGAGGGAGAGAGGGAGAGAGAGAGAGAGAAGAGAGAGAAGAGAGAGAGAGAGAGAGAGAGAGAGGGAAAAAAUCCGCUCCCGAAGCCCCGGGACAGAGGCACGGCGCGACCACCUCCGGCGCGGGACCGACGGCCGCUCCGCUCCGCGCUUCGCUCCCCGCGGCCGCUCCCCCCCCUCCCCGACGUGGCCGCGGCCGGACCCGGAGCUGCGCUUCAACUUUUGCUCGCCGCCUCCCCGAGCUCUUCUCCCCGCGGCAGCGCAUCCCCGGAGCGGGUGGGGAAGGCAGCCCCGCGCCGCCCGGCCCCACCAUGACUUCCAAAGAAGAAGCCAAGCCUUCCUCGGGGGAAGAACGACGGAGGAGCCCUUUGGAUCACCUCCCGCCUCCGGCUAACUCCAACAAACCCCUCACCCCUUUCAGCAUCGAGGACAUCCUCAACAAGCCGUCGGUGCGGAGGAGUUACGCGCUGUGCGGGACGGCCCACCUGCUGUCCGCCGCCGAGAAGCACCCCGCGGCCGGGCUGCCGCUGUCGGGCCGGGCGCUGCUCUCGCAGACGUCGCCGCUGUGCGCCCUGGAGGAGCUGGCCAGCAAAACCUUCAAGGGGCUGGAAGUCAGCGUGCUGCAGGCGGCCGAAGGAAGGGACGGGAUGACGAUCUUCGGGCAGCGGCAGACGCCGAAGAAGCGUCGGAAGUCUCGGACGGCCUUCACCAACCACCAGAUCUACGAGCUGGAGAAGCGUUUCCUCUACCAAAAAUACCUGUCGCCGGCGGACCGGGACCAGAUCGCCCAGCAGCUGGGGCUCACCAACGCCCAGGUCAUCACCUGGUUCCAGAACCGCCGCGCCAAGCUCAAACGCGACCUGGAGGAGAUGAAGGCCGACGUGGAGUCGGCCAAGAAGCUGGGCCCCAACCCCGCCGUGGACAUCGUGGCCUUGGCCGAGCUGGAGCCCAGCGCCGAGGGUCGGGGCAAAGCGCGGCCCGGUUCCCCGCCGCCCCCCCCCGCCACCCGGGAGCCCGGCGCCCCGCCGCCGCCCCGCCCCGCCUCGCCCCCCACGGAGCGGCCCCGCAGCCGCCGGGACAGCGAGGAGGAGGAGGACGAGGAGGAGGAGGACGUGGAGAUCGACGUGGAUGACUGAGGGGCGGCCGGCGGGCCUCCCCCCCGCCCCCCCCCUCCCCGCGCCCCCCAGCCCCGGCCCAUCGCCCCGCUCUCCCCCCACACGCACCCCCGGCAAAUCGAGAGCUCCAACCCGGCACCCCCGGCCCCGGGCCGGGCCGCUUCUCUCCUCGGUCACAGCAAUAAGCGGCUGCGCUCACCCACACCGCAAACCCGUAGGGCGCAGAGUCGGUAUAUCCCUCCGCCCGUACAUCUUUGGAAUGGUGCAAUUACGGACGGCUUCUGUAUAAAUAUUUAAACGUAUAUACUGGAUUUCUUUCUCCUCCUUCCCCCUUCUUUUUGACGUUUCGGUUACGGUUUCUUUUCGUACCAGCUAACCACGGGCAUUCUUCUAUCCAUAACCCGGCGCCAAGCCGAGUUCUGGGCUCCGAAACGACCCGCGUUCGGGGAAAUUUGGGUGAUCUUCAACCCGGCGACCGCACCAAAUUCGCGACUUCUCCUUCCUUGCAUGUCUCAAAUGUGCACGAACCGAUUCUGUGGGGUUUGUUUUUUUUCCCCCUUAAAAAACAAAAACCACUUAUUUUCCCCUUCACGAUUUUGGGCACUUGGGGACGGGUUUUAACGCCAGCUGAACGCUCUGCCUUUUCUUUUCCUGUUUCGUUUUUUUCCUCCCCGGAGCACCGAGAUUCGCUCCCCGUGCGAUUUCUGCCUCCUUUUACCCAUCCGAGGCUCUUUUUACCGGGUUUUUUUUUCCCUGCUAUCGCUGCGCUUUUGUGAAGAAGCUGCCUUUCGUAUUUUUGAUAUGAAGGUGGUAAGAAACGAAGCAGAUCAAAACGAAACGAAACAAAACAAAAAGAAUAAUUAAAAAAAAUCCUAGGAUUAUUUUUUACUCUUUUUAGAAAAUUUUUGCAUGCUCCGGAAAUAAAAAGGGCGACCCUCGAGAUGGAUCCAUUUAAAUAUGACGCUGUAAAUUAAAAUCAAAUGUACAGAUGUAAGAUCUGGGCUUUUUUUUCCCCCCUUUUCCUUUUGUUUGAAUUGUACGAACCCGACAGGCCUGCUAUUUAAGUCCCGGUAGGGACAGUGUCGCUUUAUUUACCGUCUCUUAGAAUUGUACAGAUAGCUCUUUUUUUCUCUCUCUCUCUUUUUUCUUUUUUCUUUUUUUUCUUUUUUUUUUUUUUUUCCGAUACAAUAAAAUCUUUACCAUUUUAAU